CCUGAUUUGAGGUCAAUUCUCGGAGAACACAAAGAAGUGUGGUGGUAUGUUCCAGGAUUGAACCAGCUGCCCUUUGACCCUGCCAACAACAACGAACCCCUGCAGUUUGCUAGUGCCAGUGGCCCUCUGGUUGCAAGUGGCCUCAUUGAGAAUGGAGGGGAUUCAAGCAAGAAAAGAAAGAGAACAAAUGCUCCUUCAGCUGAUAAUACUAGAACUCUGAAUGUAGAUUCUGGUGCAAUGACGCUGCCUGUGUCUGAUCCAACUGCAUGGGCCACAGCAAUGAAUAAUCUUGGAAUGGCGCCACUGGGAAUUGCUGGACAACCAAUUUUACCUGACUUCGAUCCUGCCCUUGGAAUGAUGACUGGAAUACCACCGAUAACUCCAAUGAUGCCCGGUUUGGGAAUAGUGCCUCCGCCAAUUCCUCCAGACAUGCCUGUAGUAAAGGAGAUCAUACACUGCAAAAGCUGCACUCUCUUCCCUCCCAACCCAAAUCUCCCACCACCUGCAACACGAGAGAGGCCUCCAGGAUGUAAGACAGUAUUUGUGGGUGGCCUGCCUGAGAAUGGGACCGAACAGAUCAUUGUGGAAGUAUUCGAGCAGUGUGGAGAGAUCAUUGCUAUCCGGAAGAGCAAAAAGAACUUCUGUCACAUUCGCUUUGCUGAGGAGUUUAUGGUGGACAAAGCCCUUUAUCUGUCUGGUUACCGAAUUCGCCUGGGCUCCAGUACUGACAAGAAGGACACCGGCCGGCUGCAUGUUGACUUUGCCCAGGCUCGGGAUGACUUGUAUGAGUGGGAGUGUAAGCAGCGCAUGCUAGCGAGAGAGGAGCGGCACCGUAGACGGAUGGAAGAACAAAGACUGCGUCCACCUUCCCCACCCCCAGUGGUCCACUAUUCAGAUCAUGAGUGCAGCAUUGUUGCUGAAAAACUGAAAGAUGAUUCCAAAUUCUCGGAAGCUGUGCAGACCUUGCUCACCUGGAUAGAGAGAGGAGAGGUGAACCGCCGCAGUGCCAACCACUUCUACUCCAUGAUCCAAUCGGCCAACAGCCACAUCCGCCGCCUGGUGAAUGAGAAAGUCGCCCAUGAGAAAGAGAUGGAAGAAGCAAAAGAAAAGUUCAAGCAGGCCCUUUCUGGAAUUCUUAUUCAGUUUGAGCAGAUAGUAGCUGUGUACCAUUCUGCUUCCAAACAGAAGACAUGGGACCACUUCACAAAAGCCCAGCGUAAAAACAUCAGUGUCUGGUGCAAACAAGCUGAGGAAAUUCGCAACAUUCAUAAUGAUGAAUUAAUGGGAAUCAGGAGAGAAGAAGAAAUGGAAAUGUCUGACGAUGAAAUAGAAGAAACGACAGAAACAAAAGAAACGGAGGAGUCAGGUAAUGAUCAUUCUGGUUUGUUAUAUGUAAUAAACAUUAACUUGCAGUGGCAGUAUUUUCAAACCUUUAAAACAAGGUAA